CCACUACCACCCGACUCCCACAUUUUCCCCCUAACACUGCCUAAUCUUGCUUCGUUGUUGGCUGUGUGCCAAAUUAGAGCGGGCUGUGUAGAAGAGAGAAGAGAGGAAUCGACUUCCGGAGCCCUAUUGCUCCUAGAUAUUUAGAUAUUCUUUUGUGUGUUCUAUGCACUGAUUACUCCAAUUGUACAUGGAGAUUCCAGAAAAUACUCGCUUGGAGUCCGGCAGAGAUCCACGACAUAUUACUGAAGAAUCAAUUGAAGAAAACGGAGACGAACGAAUCGCUCAUUUCGAGUACUACGAAGGAGCAGAAGAAUUCCCAAUUAAAGUACCACCGGAGCAGACUGCUGCUCUAAUCUCACAAUCGAAGACUACAAAUUCAGCAAUGGCAGUUCUUCCUGGCCGCUGUGUGCGAGCCUUUCUUGAUUCAUUUGCAUUAAUAAUUAGUCUUGCUUUAGUAGUUCUACAGUUUGGAUUGAUAGAUUGGUACUAUUUGAAUGUCACUGGAGAAAAUGUGUGGGCCGCUUGGAUUGGACCAGACUUUGUGGUUCUACUGAUACUAGGAGUACUUGGAGUAUUGGCUAUCAAAUACAAUACAGUUCAAAUGGAGGAGUGCUGUUCAAUUGACAGUCGGGUUAAAUACGCUUGCUUCGCCUGGGGAGCGUACUCCCUUAUUCUGAUCUCAAAAAUUGCCACGUGCUUCCGCAUGUUCUACGAGGACAUUCCUCCAACGCCGCUUGACAACAAUGACAAACUUUUCGACGACUUCCUGUUCAAAGCUGGGCUUUCUCUGUCCGUUUUGAUUUUCUUGUUCAUCUUCGAGUCACAUCACUAUACCCCAUUGGUUUCUGUUCGUCAAGUGUACAUCUCAUAUCUUGUUGCUGCCAUUUGCCUCGAUCUUAUCGAUAAUAUCUACUUCCUAGACUUGCUUUGGCAAGCAUCGAAGGACAAAUGGAAUCUAGAACUAUGGCUCGAACUGACAAUCCUGAUUGUUGCCUGUAUCAACUUCUUCAUGCCAACCUUCGCUCUCGCCAAACUUCGUUACGCUAAAGUUCCACGAUUCCUGCUCGUAAGUGAGAAGCUCUGGGCAUUCCUCUACGUUCUCAUUGUCAAUGGGCCUUUCCUCGGACUCCGUAUCUACCUGUACAUUGUGCUUGAAGUUCAACAACACGGAAAGAAGUUUGAUCCAUCACUGUUUGCGGUCAAGAAUAUUGCUAUGAUCUACAUCGCUCUUCGUGAACUUUGGACACGUCUUCAAUACUGGAGAAUGAAACGACGUGCAGCUUUGAGUAGAAAUGAGCUUUCAGCAGCUAUUCACAAUCAUGAAGAAGAAGAGCAUGAAUAAUAAUAAUAAUAGUUGCCUGUCUAAUUGAAAAUGAGCCACUUUGCUCAUUUUCAAUAUCCUAUCCCAAUGCUUUCAUAAAGUUUACCUCAGUCAGUUAGAUGUAUAUAAGUUUCACUAUUUCUUCUUUAUUCGCCUAUCCUCUUUCUCUGCCACAUUUUUUUCUAUUGGAAACACCUUGGUCUCAGUUCAAAUAAAUUUUGAUAUUUUC